AUGGCGAACACUCUAGACAUCGCCUUCGACAUCGCCAUUCCCAUCGCCUUCAACAACCUCACGCGAUGGGCGGGUUACUUCUUCUUCUGGCCCUCUGUGUAUGUGGUCAUGGCCCUGGCCAUCGGCAUCGGCAUUCUUGUCGGCACAUCGCUUAUCGUGAUUAUACCCGAGGGCAUUGAAGCCAUUGCGACGACAGGGAUGGGGGCGCAUUCACAUUCGCACGAUGCCCGGCAUCUGGGAGGGCAGAGGGGCUUGGGCGUUGACUGGGAGUCCGGAGCGCAUGUCCUAAACGGCGGCGAUAAGGCAGUCAAGCUCAGGAGAUGGGAGUCCUCGGGCGCGAAUACUUUCGACAGGGUGUCCAGGGAUCUCCAGUCCGGCGGGCCGAAAAUAAGGGCAGAAGAACAACACCAAGAUCAUGACGACGAGGACCGCCCCAAAAUUCCGGUUGUCGAGGAUGACUACGGCCCGCCUCACAUGCCUACGUUUUACAUUGGAUUCUCCUUGAUGCUGGGAUUUGUGCUCAUGUUUUUGAUCGACAGGUUGCCUCGCCAUGCGACUGAGACAUUCCAAGCAGUGCCCACAACCAGACACAUCAGCCUCGACGAUCUGGCUGCGUCCAGCGUCUCUGGGGAAGAAGAAGCUGAGGGAUUCCUAGGUUCGCUCGCCCCGUCACCAAAGCAAACCCGCAGUCUUGCAACGACAACAGGCCUCGUGAUCCAUGCGGCAGCAGACGGAAUCGCGAUGGGCGCAUCAGCCACCACGUCCGAUAUGAAGCUCGGGCUCAUCAUCUUUGUUGCUAUCAUGGCACACAAGGCUCCGGCCGCCUUCGGCUUAACCUCGGUCCUGUUAAAGCAAGGUCUCCCAAAACGGGCCGCCAGAGGCCAUCUCAUUGUCUUCAGUCUCGCAGCCCCGGUUGGAGCGCUGUUGACAUACCUAAUUAUAUUCUUGAUCGGGGGCGAUCACAUGCAGGGUGAGGCGGGACAGUGGUGGACCGGCAUGCUGCUGCUCUUCUCCGCCGGCACCUUCCUAUAUGUGGCCAUGCACGCCAUGCAGGAAGAAAACCACUCUUCGAGCCAUGAGCACCACUCCAGCGUAAAUGCGCUAGACGGCACCAAUGUCGUGCAGCGAAAGCAAGUCAAGCCGCAGAUGCGAGAUACGCUUGCCACUGUAGGGGGGAUGUUGCUCCCGCUCCUCACGCAAUUCGGCCAUCAUCAUUGA